CUUGAGAGGGCCGGAGCGUUCCUUGGCGCAACCGUAGACGGUGGCGCAACGCAUGAGGACUUGGGCGGUGGCAACUUGCACGAACUCUAGGAUCCGCUAAGUACUGGUCGGAGCAAAGAUUUAUUGAAAUGGUCCACAAAACACGGAAUGACCAAACUACCCUUGUCUGGUUUACAUGGUUUUUUUGUUUUUGUUUUACGUUGCUCUAUUCUGCAUGCGAAGAACAAUACAAAGGAAGGAUGAUACCGUGGGCGUCUCCAUGUGGAAACAAAUGCACCAAUAAAUAUGCAGCUCUUACCAAAAUCCCAUGGCGAGUAUUCUGCAAAAAGGGUUGCAACUCAGACGGAGAGACAUGGGAGGAAUGUUUGGAGGACUGCGAGCACAUAUGCUACAAGGAUCCUGUACUAAAGGAUCAGCAGUGGAGUGCUUAUAUUGAUCGUUCUCCUGGAGCUGCCAGUUAUUCAGAGGAAUGUUUCCAUGCUUGUGUAUCAGGCUGCGGUUACAAGUUCGAGGUUGAACCCGAUGAAGUGGAUAAGGCUUCUCCUAAGAGGCCUGAGCCUGAGCCCGUUCAAAAGCCCAAGCCAAAACCUGUUGAACCCAUUAACCCGCCUGGUGACAUGCCUACUUCUGCAUAGUGCACACAACCAUUCUUUAUUGGCUACAUUUCCACAGGAAUUUAUGUUUCUUAUCUUACAACUUGCUUUUUAUUAGCAUGAUUUAGGUCCAUUUUGUGGGCAACAGCAUGACUGCUUAUGACUUUUGUCUUGAGAUAUUGGAAGCUUCACGCUGCCUUUAAGC